CUCCCAAGACCAAUACCAAGAACAAGACAAGACCAAGAGUGUCUCGUGCUCAUUGCUUGUGCUUGAGCUUGUACUCCCUCCUCGUCUCUUAUUUCCAGGUCGUGUACAAUUGCCAACCCAAAAAGAGUCAAGAGUGCAAAACGCCCAGAAAAUUUAAACUCAAUCCAUUGGUACACUUCCUCUACCUUAAACCAACUUACCCACCCACUUCUGCAUUACUUCCGAUCCGAUUGACUCCAAUCACUGGGAAGGCGCCUCGCUCCGCCUCAGUUCCCUUUAUUACAUCCAGCUCAUCUCCUUCUUCCCUGGGGGGUCCAGGGUCUGGGUCUAGGUCUGAGAUAUAUACAUUCAUCCAUAUAUAUCCGUCCGUAACCCGGUCUUGAUCAUUCUUGGCGUUUAUCUCUCAUCUCUCAUCUCUUUUCUUUUCUUUUGUCCAGUCCAUAUCUUAUCUCGAUAGCAACAACCACAAACAAACCACCCUCGGCUCUUGACGGUGUCACAAGACGGAAAACGAACCGAUCAUCUAUUCGCCCCCUCCUGCCGAUCUCAACUCUUCUCGAACCGUUCCAUCGACGACAUCGAAAAACAAACACCAUCUUCUUCCAUCUCGUCGCAUCACGGCCACUGAGUAGCCACAGGCCGGAUGUCGAGCGACGUGGAAAUGGAAAAGGUCCCCAUUCCCGUGCCGUUCCCUCCUCCGGCCGCCGUUGACGAUGUCGAUUCGACUCUCGGAAAAGACGUUGUAAAUACCCUCCUCACCCUCUGCGCAACUUGUGCGCAUGCCACCAACGUCGCAAAUACUAACAUUACGUCUCCUAGGACGCCCACGUUCACUAUGGCGACGCUAUGAGCCCCCUCGAGAAGGGUCUUCUCUGGAAACAAGACCUACGCAUCAUCCCACUAUCAGGCGCCAUCUAUUUCCUAUCCUUCCUCGAUCGAACGAAUAUCGGAAACGCCAUGAUCCUCAAUUCGUCGACCAACAACGAUAUGCAGCGCGAGACCAACAUGACCGACCACCAAUUCGUUAUCUCCCUCAUGGUCUUCCUCGUAUCCUAUGCGGUGUUCGAAGUUCCAAGUAACAUGCUACUCAAGAAAUUGCGACCCAGCCGUUGGCUCGCUUUUCUCAUGUUUUGCUGGGGUGCAAUGACGAUAUUGACGGCUGCCACCAACAACUUCGGCAGUGUUACAGCUGUGCGAUUCCUACUGGGUGUUUUCGAAGCUGGGUUGUUUCCUGGGUUGGUAUACUACUUGACAUUUUGGUACAAGCAUGAUGAGCGCAGUGUUCGCGUCGCAUUCAUCCUCGCAUCUGCCACUCUCGCCGGCGCAUUUGGCGGCGCAAUUGCCUAUGGCAUCGGCCACAUGAACGGCACAGCUGGUCUCUCUGGCUGGCGCUGGCUCUUCAUCAUUGAGGGCAUCCCGUCUUGCCUAGCCGCCUUCCUGGUUCUCUUCUUCCUACCCGAUUAUCCGGAGCGGGCAAAAUGGUUAUCUGAAGCAGAGAAGGAUAUGGCUAUUCAUCGAUUGUACUAUGAGGGUUCUAAGGAAUCGCAUCCGACGAUGAACUGGGCAGAAGCCAAGGAAACCCUGAUGGACUGGCGAUUGUAUGCGCAUUAUGCAAUUUACUUUGCGUCUGGCCCGGCAUUCGCGAGUUUGAGUUUGUUUGCGCCCUCAAUCACCGUUGGUUUGGGAUAUUUCGACUUGAAAGCACAGUUGAUGACGGUGCCUCCGUGGGCCAUUGCUUAUGUCUGCCAGGUUUUGGUGGCUUGGUCGGCGGACCAUUUCAACGCCCGAGGCAUUCACACGGCCAUAGCUGCAGCCGUGGGCGCUAUUGGCUUCAUUAUAUCGGCUGCGCUCCCGGCCGACGCCUAUGCAGCCCGCUACGGAGGUUUAAUAAUGGCAACGGCUGGCUCCUUUGCAUGCAUGCCACCCAUGCUGGGAUGGCUCAGCUCCAAUGUGUUUACGACGGCCUCUACCGGUCUUGCCAUUGCCCUCAACGUUAGUCUCGGCGGGGGAAUUGGACAGAUCCCUGGUGUUUGGAUCUACCAGACCUCACAGCGAGAAGGAGGAUUCACGACAGGGCACUGGGUCAAUGCGGCUCUGUUGCUGUUUGUGUCAGUUGUGGCCCUGGGUCUGAGGAUGUUCUAUGGUUGGAAGAAUCGGCAGUUGAGAGAAUAUGCCGAAAGUCGCGCAGUGCCUUAUCGAUGCUAUAAGUUGUAGGAAGACAUGUUCUUCAUGAUAUGUUAUGUUAUGAACUAUUCAAUGAAUUCAAAGGUCGAGUCUGUUCAUAUUGCGUGAUGACGAUGUUUCGGUUCUUACACCAGGG